AUGAUGAGAGAAAAGAGAAGGGAAAAUUUGUGCGUUACAGUGCCGACCUUGUUCCGUUGCCCUAUUUCAAUGGACGUGAUGAAAUCUCCGGUGAGCCUAUGCACUGGCGUCACAUACGAUCGCAGCUCCAUUGAAAAGUGGCUUUCUCUGGGACACAACACCUGUCCCGCUACCAUGCAAACCCUCCUCUCCGCCCACACCACCCCCAAUCUCAAUCUCCGCCGACUCAUUCACCUUUGGCUCUCACAUCCUGACUCGUCCCCCGCGCCGCCGUCGACUUCCAAACGGCAAAUCAGGGAAGUCGUCAAAGGUGCAGUAAACUGCGAUUCUCUAUCGAAAAUUGUUGAUUUUAUGAAGGCUUCAGAGGAGAAUUUGAAGUUUAUUGCGUUUUCUGACGAUGCAGUUUCUAAAUACGUUGAAUUUUUUGGAAAUUGUAAAGAAAUUGAAGUUUGCGAACUGAUUGUUGAACUUCUGGAUAUGAUUUUAUCGGAAAAUGGAGCGAAAGAGAGAUUGAAUAGCUUGAUUUUGAAGAGCGGUAAAGAUUGUUUAUCGUCUUUUCUUUCGGUGCUACGGGAAGGAAGCGUGAAAUCAAAAAUAAAAUCGGCGAGGAUUUUGGAAUCAAUCGCGGUUGAUUCUGAGUCUCAACGUAAGAUCGCUGAAAAGGAAGGGAUACUGUACGGACUGUACAGUUUGAUCGCCAUGGAAAAAGACCGGCUCGCAAUCCAAGCCGGUUUAACAGCUUUAUUAGCUAUUUCAACGUCGAGGCCGGUUCGGAAGGAGUUAAUCCUGUUCGGAAUCGUAAAAACAGUUGGGGAAAUCCUCUCCAGUUUUGAUUUCUCAAUUACGGUUCGUGCGGUAAUUGAGAAGGCAUUAGGAAUACUGGAAACGGUUGCCACGUGUACGGAGGGGAGGGAAGCGAUUAGUGAAGACGAGAAAUGUGUGGUGGAGAUCGUAAAGAGGCUGAUGAAAUGCUCCAAUGUAGCUACGGAGCACGGUAUUACAGUGAUCUGGAGCGUGUGCUGCUUGUCCCGUGAUCCGACGGCUCAGGAGAAGGUGACAAAAGUCAACGGAUUGACUAAGGUACUACUGGUAAUGCAGAGUGAUUGCUCGGCGGGUACAAGACAGAUGUGCAGGGAAUUAGUCAAAGUUUUGAAGAGUUAUGGUCAGGUUUGGUAG